CACACUCAACUCUUUCCCCUCUCCAAUUAUCAUUCUAAAGAAUCACACUUCUAUCUUUCUAUCUCUCUUUAUCUCAAAAUCUUUCACAAAAUAACUCUCUUUCCCCCCUCUUUCAUGCUAUAGUAUCACACUUUUAUCUCUCUCAUUCAGUCAAGCAAUUUCACAAACACAUGGUACUCACAAUCUAGCACCAUUUCAAACCCAUCAAAAUCCCAACACCCAGAAAGAAAAUCCAUCAACCCAUUUCUCCAACUUCAAUUUUCUCUUCAUCUUCACAACAAAAAUCACUUUUUCCAAUGGCCCUCGAAACUUUACUCUCAAGACUCAAAACCGCAUUUUCACACAGCUUCGACUCAGUUCGACCCUCUAACAAAACGACACACUCGUCCAUCUCAAACCCAAAACGCAUCGCCGUUUUAGCCUUCGAAGUCGCCGGAGUGAUGUCGAAGCUUCUACAUCUCUGGCAAUCCCUCUCCGACGCAAACAUUGUUCGUCUUCAAAACGACGUCGUUUCACUCGAAGGCGUUUUGAAAUUAGUCACAAACGACAAGCCGUUUCUCAUCAAACUCGCCGCUGCUGAGUUUGCCGACUCGCUCCGACUCGUUGCUGACUCGGUCUCUCGACUCAGUAUGAACUGCAGUAACUCCACACUCAGAUCCUUCCACCGAGUUUUCACUGAGUUCGCUGACUCGGGCUUCGACUCACUCUGUUGGACUCUCACAACCCUAAAAGAAAUUGAAUCCAAACACAGAAGAAUGGAACGUUACGUGUCCCUCACGUUAACUCUUCAUAAAGAAAUCGACGAGCUUUCACUUUUACAAAGCGCGUUGAGAAAAGCACUUCUGAACAACAACAGCAGCAACAAAAACAGCAAAGCCAAAAUCAGUGACCUUGAACAAAAGAUUUUCUGGCAGAAACAAGAGGUAAAGAAUCUCAAAGAAAAAUCAUUAUGGAACAAAGGUUUUGAUAAUGUUGUUCUGUUAUUAACUAGGUUUGUCUUCACUUUGUUAGCAAGAAUUAAGGUUGUUUUUGGAAUUGGAAAUGGACACAAUUUACCUUAUUUAUCGCGAAGUUUAUCAGCUUCUGCUGUUGUUUAUCCUUCUGAUCAUCAAAAAGUUGAAAGCUUUGUAUCUGGGCCAUUGAAAAGUUUCAAUCUUGAUGAGAGAAAUGUGGAUAUUGUAAAUGGGUUCUUUGAGUCAAAUUGUGAAGUUUUGAAACCACCACAAGGUAGUUUAGGUGAUUCAGCUUUAUCAUUACAUUAUGCUAAUCUGAUUAUUGUAAUGGAAAAGAUGAUUAAAUCACCUCAAUUAGUUGGUGUUGAUGCAAGAGAUGAUUUAUAUACUAUGUUACCGAAUAGUAUAAGAUCGUCGUUGAGAUUAAGGUUAAAAGGGUCGAUUGGAUUUUGUGCUUGUGAUCCUUUAUUGGCUUCUGAAUGGAGAAAUGCUUUGGGAAGGAUACUCUGUUGGUUGUUACCUUUGGCACAAAACAUGAUUAGGUGGCAAAGUGAAAGGAGUCUUGAAGAGAAGAGUUUGGUUCCUAAGAAAUCGAAUGUGUUGCUUUUGCAAACUUUGUUUUUUGCUGAUAAGGUGAAGACAGAAGCUGCUAUAACCGAGUUGCUUGUUGGUUUGAAUUAUAUUUGGAAGUUUGAGAGGGAAAUGACUGCUAAGGCUUUGUUUGAAUGCAACAAUGAUUUCAAUGGGUUUUUGAGUUUGAACAAACCUAAAUAAGUGCUUGUUUGUUCUUCGGGUGAUAUUAGCGCAGACUUGCACUGAGAGGUUGAUGGUGUAAAUGACAUUGCGGCGAGAGAUUUGAAUUCAGAUCAUUGUGAUUAUUUUGCUACUAAGAUAGAAGUUUGUAUAUGGAAUAUAGAUGUAUGUAAAGAUGUAUGAGUCUUGAGCAAAAUCUACAAUGAAAUGCAGGCUGUUUUUUCAAGAUUCAUGUUUUUCUAUAUUCUCAUGUAGAAAUAUUGCAACUUUUCUGGUA